ACCUUUUCCUCGACGGGAUUGAUCACGCCCGGAAAAGUCGCGGCACUCACCGGGCCCCAAAUUACGGAAGAAAUUGCGCUGGCGUCUUCGCCACUCCUUCUCGACGUUUACGCCACCUGGUGUGGACCGUGUCAAAUGAUGACGCCACAGUUGGAAGCGGCGGCGCACGAAUUGGGAUCCCGCGUGCGCGUAGCGAAGAUGGACAGCGACCAGUAUCCACAGGAAGCGUCCAAACUCCGGGUGCAAGGCUUGCCCACACUGGCCCUCUUUCGGGAUGGCGAGGAAAUUGACCGUGUGGAAGGAGCCCUCCUGAAGGAUCAGUUACUGCAAUGGGUGCAAUCGCACGGGAUAUGA